CAGGUUAUCUGACCUACGUAAUUAGUCCGGAAAGUAAACAUAAAAGCUAUUUAUAAAUGGAGAUUGUUCUCUGUGCACAGUUUUCUUGGUUUGAGCUCAUAAAAUACUAUGUGUUAAAUUACAAAGCAUAUACAGUGUGUGCAAGUAAAUAUGGAAGCAAGGGGGUUAAAUGAGGAGUUCAGAAAUGUUUACCCGUAUGCCUUUGGGGCGCACUCAAGCCGGUCUGUGUCAGAAACACCAAUGCUCUCCUCGGCGGAACGACCGACUGCGACAAGCGCUGAGUCUCUCACUCCUUACGUUUCUUUUCCAGCCAACAUCGGCACUAGCUCCUCGGUCACUUUUGGAUGUCGUUUCGGAAAUAGUUGUUAUGGUUGCAAAGUUCCACAGAACGCCGUGUUUCCGUCUAGUGUUGUAAAUCAAAAUGCGAAUGGACAGUCUGCCAGUAAACCCGUGGACUAUAGUGAUUGCUGGCUUAAGGAGUUCGCUUUUUACCAAAGUUACACAGGUUCCUACUCAAGAGGCCACCCUGCCUAUAUUGAUUUACCUGUAGUUCAUAGGACAAUGACCGGAGAUUCCAGACAUGAGACUUGUUUGACAAUGGAAGGCCACCAGCCGUGGAACCCUUAAAACAACCGAAGUCCCAAACAUCAUCACACAAAAGACCAGACGCAGAGCCCGCAUUUCUGGAAGCCAUCAUUAACAGAGGGGAGAGCGGUUUCAUUCUGUCAGCGCGGGAGAAAGAAGCGGGUUCCUUACACAAAGCUGCAGCUGAAAGAGCUCGAGCGGGAGUACACCAAUACUAAGUUCAUUACAAAGGAGAAGAGACGGCGGAUCGCUUUUUCUACAAACCUGUCUGAGAGACAAGUAACUAUAUGGUUUCAAAACCGUCGAGUAAAGGAUAAGAAGAGACCUGAAAUCUGCAAAGAAUUUUAAACCCGUAAAGGUUCAUUCGUGCAUAUGCUGAAGAGUUUAGCUCUUUGUUCUUUUUUUCAUUAACAAGGGCGAUAGCCUAUAUUAUGUUAUUAUUUAAAGCGUUGGAUGUAUUCAUACCCAGUCGUAGUUUACUCAGAUAAACUGGGUUU